AUCGAAUGUGGACCUACUUAUUUUUCAAUUGAAUGUAAUUGACUACCUAAUUGAGUGCCACCUAUGCAUUGAGGCCUCUUUUAAUUAAUACAAAAUUGAGGUUACAUCUUUUCAAAUGUUCCUCAAUUAAUAUAUAAGGGAUUACUAUGAAGGGUUAUAUUGAAGUUUUUGUAAGAAGUAGAUAGUGGAUUUUUCUUUGAAAAUAAGGAUAACUGGUAUGAUAAGUGGAUAUUGGUACUACUGUCACUGCAUGGCAAGCAAACGAUUGAUGCCAAACUUUCUAAAAUUACAAAGCAUAUACAUUGUAUCUUUCAUUAAAAAUUUAAGUAACCCCUAUUGUCAGAUUGUGAUCACCAUUAUUUGUAGUCUUUAUGUGUGUUUGGUGUAUGAUAUAGUCCGUUCAUACGCAUUUGAUUAUCUACAUGUAUUGUAAAAGUUUUUUUAAGAGAUGGAAAGGAGCGAAUAGAUGCAACCUAGCGAUCAACGUGAACAACAGCAUAUCAUGAAUGUAUGGAUGGAUUAGAGUGUAAACAAAUUGCUGCUAAAAAUAGAACGGAAAGUGCCUUAAAAGAGGGAUGGUUAGGCGAAUUUUAAGGUUUGAAAAAAUAACAGAUUAAAACCAAUAUUAAAGUUAAUAAAUAAGAGCCUUUGUUUGUCCGAGUUUGUCUCGAUCCUUUCUUCACCAAACCAAUUAAGCAUUAUCCUCCAAAAUUACAUUCGUCUUUUUUUCCCUCUUGUGCCAGAAGACAAUCCAUAUUCACACAAGAAAAAAAACAAAUCUCUGUUCCUCGAGUCUUACCGUAGAAACUGAACAAAAACAAUGGCGAACGCGGCGUCGGGGAUGGCAGUGGAGGACAACUGCAAGCUGAAGUUUUUGGAGCUAAAGAAAAGAACCUAUCGGUUCAUAAUAUUCAGGAUAGAUGGACAGCAAGUGGUGGUUGAAAAGUUAGGAAACCCGCAGGAGACUUAUGAUGAUUUCACCAAUUCCCUCCCUGCCGAUGAGUGCCGCUAUGCGGUUUUCGAUUUAGAUUUUACCACCAAUGAAAACUGCCAGAAGAGCAAAAUCUUCUUCAUCGCCUGGUCACCGGAUUCUUCUAGAGUGAGGAUGAAGAUGGUGUACGCGAGCUCUAAGGAUAGGUUCAAGAGAUCACUGGAUGGCAUUCAGGUUGAGUUGCAAGCCACUGAUCCUAGCGAGAUGAGCUUUGACAUCGUCAAAAGCCGAGCUCUCUAAACAUUUUCGUUGUAUUCAUCAAGCAUUUAAAAAUAUAUAAUCUUUUCGUAUUUCUCAUAUUAAAAAGAAAACAAAAUUAAAACACUUUCAUAUUAUGUAAUUUUCUUGGUUAUGAUCUUAUAUUUCUUCAAUGUCGUCGCCGUUCAUUUUUCACUUCUCUUUUGUAGAAGUAUUCUUAUGGAAAGUUUAAAACAGA